AGUGCUAGUUUGGCAUGUUGAUCUGGUGGGUCGUGAUUUCUAUGCUGCUCUCGACGGCGAAACGUUUGAACUCUUCUGGGCUCAUAGCGGUGGAGACGCACGGUCGUUGAUUGGAAGUGAAUCUCUGGAAGCGGCUUCUUCCUCAGAUGCUGCAGCACGCGCGUGUGGGAUUAAUUGAUGCGUAAUCUGGGCGGCUUUACGACUUGUCUCAAAAGAAUCGGGGGGAGAAUUAUCAAGACGGUGACGACGGCACAAGUGAAUGCUAUCUUGACUGCCCGCUUCGGAUGUGAUGAAAUGUGAAAGUGCACCAUUGUGAUUCAUGUCGACAAUUGAAGUAGUGAAGUGAUCGUAAUUGGAUGCUUGAAAUCAUAAAAAAAAGAAUCAAUCCGCUCAUAAAAGGGUUAAUUUUAUACUCAAUUGAGAAUCGAAAUCCAGUGUCCGGGAGUGCGUUUUCCUGGCCGAUGCAAACGAACCGAAAAUAACGAAAGAACGUCAUUCGUGAAACAUUCUGCGGCGAUAGGUGCAACGAAAUUGAAUCAAUUGUUCAACGACUACGGAAGGUAACGAGGAGCAGUUGAACGUGAAUCGCAGUCAGGCAGGUCGUGGCCAAUUCCGCAGUGGAUCGCGCGUGCUUAUGUGUGAAUCGAGAGGAAUUGGAAAAGCUGAAUAAUUUAACCGGAAAAUUUCACCUCCAAAAUGAUGUGAUUGCGCUGCUGAAUGAUGGAAAUGAUGAAUUCAUGAAGAGAGAUUGUGACAGUGGGGGUUUUUAGGGCUCACGUAGAUGCAGUAACAGAAGCACGAGCAGUGAUUGCAAUCAUCGUGAUAAUCGACGUCAGCUUGGUGCCAGAGAGAGUUAUUUGAUUGGAACCAAUAACGGAUUAUCCCCGGUGGUGAAAAGUGAAGAGAGUGGAUUUUCUUACCUUUGUGCAUGAAACGUUGCUGUUGCAUAUCCUUCGUACGGUAUGGUCAGUAGUAGUAAAGUGUGGUAACGUUUGUCCAGUGAGAACAGGACCACCAUCGUUGGAUGCGAGAUUGGGAAGGAACAGCCGAAGCAUCGGGAUUAAAAGUGAAGUAACGGACAACGUAAUAAGGAUCAUGCGGCCUUUGCAAGUUAUCCUCCCGGCAGCGGCGAAACAGGAUUGAAAAAGCAACAUUCGGAAGAAGAAGACGAACCGGAAUCCAGUAAUAGACUACGGUGAGACAAAGGGAACGAGACGCAACUUUCCUGCGAAGUCGUAAAUUCGGCUGGGAGAUGUAAAAACCGUUCAAAAGUUGCCGUGUUGCAGUUCGGCCAUAAACUAAUUAAAUAAUUAAAGGAAUCUUCCCCGGAUCGUGGUGUGUUCCCUACAGUUGAAGUGCGAAAGAAUUUCCAGCAAUUUAGGGCUGUCGGUUUCAAUAAAUAUUAACACUCCAGACUGUGUGUGUGAAGUCGCACCUUUUCUUCGACGAAGUAGAAAAGAACAAGGAAGCAAUCUCAAGCGCGGAGCAACCCAUGCAAAUCGGUGUUCCGCGACGGGAAACUAUUGAAACGGGAUUACAUCGAAAUCAGUCUGGGAAGCAAUUAAAGGAAUUGGACUGUUGGUCGUUUCUUGGAGUUUUUCGUCUCCCAUGGCACGUGCUGCAAUUCGGCUAAAUUAAGAAAACUAAAGAAAAUCGUGUCCCUGAGAAUUAUGUGAAUCACUGCUAUUGAACUUUACUUCCUUGGGAGAAUUUCCCAGAAAGGGGACGGGGUUGGGAAAGUAUCGCAAAACGUAGGACACGUACCGACGGCAGAUGCACUUGAGAAAAUUGAAAACAGCGAUUUGACCUUUUUGGGGGUCGCGUCGAUGACGAAGACAAUAUGGACAUCAGGCAUUCUCAAGCAUAGUCGAGUCUUUCAGCGAAAGUGAUUAAUUUUUGAUCGACCUGGGGGAAGGGACAUGUUCGAGGAAGUGAAAAAUUGAAAACCGGUUGUGUAGAACAGAACGCGAGUGAAAACUAAUUCGAGCAAAUACUUGAAACGAAGUCGACCCUCUUGCCGUGUCAGAACCAGGACAGGACUCCAACUAGACAACGAAGAUGGAGCCGUCGCUGCUACUGCUACUGCAGAUUCUAAUUGUGACAGCGGCCAUCACCCAAUCUAAAGCAAUGGAGUACCCGAAAAUCACCGAACACCCGCUGGACGUGAUAGUGCCUCGGCAUGACCCCACCACCCUCAACUGCAAGGCGGAAGGCAUCCCGGCGCCGACCAUCACCUGGUACAAGGACGGCGAAGCGAUCAAAGCGGAACAGGGCUCGCACAAAAUCCUACUGCCGGCCGGAGGACUUUUCUUCCUGAAGGUUGUGCACUCACGUCGGGAAAGUGAUGCCGGCGUCUACUGGUGCGAGGCUCGUAACGAACUCGGGGUGGCCAGAAGCCGGAACGCCACGCUGCAGGUUUCAGUAUUGCGUGAAGACUUUCGACUGGAGCCGCAGAACACCCGGGUGGCGCAAGGAGAAACGGCCCUGCUGGAAUGUGGACCACCCCGAGGAUAUCCGGAGCCGGUUGUGUUCUGGAGGAAGAACGGACAGACGCUGGAUUUGAACAAUUCGAAACGGAUACGAAUCGUAGACGGGGGCAACCUGGCCAUUCAGGACGCGCGCCAAUCGGACGACGGCCGGUACCAAUGUGUGGCGAAAAAUGUUGUCGGCGUCCGAGAGUCCACAGUUGCAUUCCUGCGUGUUCACGUGAAACCGUUCCUGAUGCGUGGCCCACAGAACCAGACGGCAGUCGUCGGCAGCUCGGUUGUGUUCCAGUGUCGCGUCGGUGGCGAUCCAGUACCGGACGUCCUGUGGAGACGCUCAGCUUCCAGUGGCAAUAUGCCCCUAGAUCGUGUCCACGUGCUGGAGGACCGCAGCCUCCAGAUAGAUGGCAUCACCAUCGAGGACAUGGGCGAAUACAGUUGCGAGGCGGACAAUGCUGUCGGGUCGAUUACCGCUUCGGGGAGUUUGACCGUUCACUCUCCACCAAGUUUCACAGUGAGGCCCAUGAAUCAAAUCGCCGAGCUUGGUUCGGAAGCUCUCUUCGAGUGUCAAGCCACGGGUCAUCCAGAGCCAACGUUGUUCUGGUCCUUGGAAGGCAAUCGUACUCUUCUGUUUCCUGGAUAUCGCUAUGGAGGAAUUGAGGUUACGGAAAACGCUGAUGGUACCAGUAUACUGUCCGUGUCCAACAUUGACCGGAUUGAUAAUGCGAAAGUGAUUCUGUGUAGUGCUGUGAACUCCGUUGGAAGCGUUAGUACUCGGGUGGUGCUAAGUGUGAAUCUGCAGGACGAUCGUCCUCCGCCAUUGAUUCUGCAAGGACCCGUAAAUCAGACGCUUCCGGUGAAGUCCGUAGCUAUACUGCCUUGUAAAGCAGCUGGUGUUCCAACACCGGUAAUUUCGUGGUAUAGAGAUGGAAUCCCUGUGCUGACCUCAUCUCGCAUCAACAUCACCGAUUCGGGAACGUUGACCAUAUCGGACUUGAGCAAAAAUGACGAUAGCGGGCUGUACACCUGCGUUGCCAGCAGCAAAUCCGGUAAAUCAACCUGGAGUGCGUCACUGAAACUGGAUUUGCCGACAAAUCCCAACAUAAAGUUCUUUCGGGCACCGGAGGCUUCCACCUUUCCGGGACCUCCCGGAAAGCCUCAAGUGACGGACAUUUCCGAAAGCGCAGUAACGAUUUCGUGGGUUCCAAGUAACGCACUUGGAGCCUCCAGCAUGGUGGGGUUCAUCGUUGAGAUGUACGGACGAAACAUUACCGAUGGCUGGCAGGAGAUGGCCGAGAAGAUCAAGGACACGAGUUAUACCCAGCGGGGACUAAUUCCGGGUGUGACGUACUACUUUGUGGUUCGUGCGGAAAACUGGCAUGGCAUUUCACCACCAAGUCCGCUGUCGGAACCCAUACUGGUUGGAGUGAACGAGCUGAAUUCGGGCUUGGAUAUGAGUGAGAUACGAGCAACAUUGCUUUCUGGAGACGUCGUUGAGUUGAUAAACGCUACUUCGGUAGACUCAACCACUAUGAAGCUAGUUUGGGAGAUCAUCGACGGCAAGUACGUCGACGGAUUCUACAUCUACGCUCGCAAUUUGGAAGAGGACUCGGAACAUUCCUAUAGGGUGCUGACUGUGCUGAACGCAGGCAGUGUGUCUUCCUGCACCGUGAACGAUCUGCGAAAGUUUACCGAGUACGAGUUCUUCAUCGUUCCAUUCUACAAAACGGUGGAAGGCAAACCAUCCAACUCACGGCUAGCUAAAACUCUUGAAGAUGUACCUUCAGCAUCACCAACUGGUAUGGAAGCGCUUCUAUUGAACUCCUCGGCCGUCUACUUGAAGUGGAAAGCCCCACCUUUGGGAUCUAUCAAUGGAAUUCUCCAAACCUACCACGUGAUCGUCCGAGGGGUGGACCUCCGCUCCAACUACACCAAGGUGCUCAGCAACGUAACGAUCGACGCCACCUCCCCGAACCUGCUGUUGGCGAAUCUUACCGAAGGUGUAACCUACACCGUUAGCAUCGCCGCAGCAACCACAGCGGGAAUGGGUCCAUUCAGCAGUCCUGCCACUCUACGCCUAGAUCCGGUUACGAAACAACUGGAUCAAACUUCGCAUCGCUAUCCGAUCAAUCACGACAACGCGGAUGACAUUCUGACCAAACCGUGGUUCAUUGCCGUGCUCGGGACGAUUCUGGCGCUGAUGAUGCUUUCAUUCGGUGCGAUGGUGUUCGUCAAGCGGAAGCAGAUGCUGAUGAAGCAAUCGGCACUGGUUGCGCUGAGAGGCCACCACGGAACCGGCGUCCUCAAGUUCCCAUCGCUUCCGCAGAACAACGACGGCUACUGGACGGACCCGUCCGGCAUGCUGUGGCGUCCACCCCGACCAAAAGACCAGAUCCAGGAUUACGCCCCUGUCUGCACUGCCGCCACGCUCCCAGCGGACCAAAACACCCACAACCGCUACGUCGGCAUCGAUUACGGUGAAUACCCGAGCGAUUACGCCGAAGUGUCUUCAUUUCAACCGAACAACAACACCUUGGGCGAUAAUGGCAGCAAAGCCCCAUCGGAAUACAGUGGAACUCGUUCACCGGCUCCGUACGCGACGACCACUCUCAUAGGUAACUCAAGAUUUAUUACAACCUCUGGCAGCGGCGGCAACACCUUGGAUAAUCUACAUCACCAGCAGUCAGCCUACGGGAGCAUGUACUACAAUACGGAAUCCUACCCGGUGAAUGGUUCUAACAAUGCUGGACCAGGUUCGGGCAGUUACGGCGCUCGCAACGUGUUCUCGGAAUCAUAUUUCAAUCCGAGUGAGAAAAUCAAUAUCACCGAGAAUAAGCUGGCUUCGCUAAAUGCCAGUGGCAGCAACAGCAGUCCCGUCGCCAACGGUAAUGGAGGCUAUCAAUUGGUGCCGAACCACAGUGGAAGCAGUGCCAGCAGUAGCAGUAGUAGCGGGGUGGGUAUUGGAAGAUCCGAGACGGCCAAAAUCUUCCACCCGAGUCACUCAGUGCCACACACCCCUUUCGGGACGAUAAGGAAAAAUCGGCUCAAAUUAACUCGACCUCCAAUCAAUAAUCUACGGAUUAGCUUCGGGACGUCGGGCAACAACAACAACGGCGGGGAUGCUGGAAAUGAAUAUGGUAAUCAACAUCACCAGCAGUCAACGCAACAGAACCAGCAGCAGAAUCACAAGAAGAAAAUUUCUUCGCUCAAUAAUUUAGGAGCGAAAGAGCAGUUGUACAUUAAGAUAGGCGAAACGAAUCCGAACAACACCGGCAGUUGGAAUGGUCAUCUGGCCAAUAUCUAUCAGAAUGCCUCAGAGUCCAUGGUGGGGAAGUCGCACCCAACGUCCGGAGAGGGCGAAGCAGUGUACCACCCGACCGGCAACCGCAGCGUCAUUAGCUAUCGGUCCGCCUCCGAGUACGGCGAUGGCGUUUGAGUACGGCCAGAUUCCGGCGGCCGCCACAGCUUCGGGUUGACUAUUUAUAAUAACUUAUUCUGACCAGCAGCCACAACCGGAUUCGGAAGGAGCAGCAGAAGCAGCAGCCACGCAGAAUGAACAUUGAGCCUACAAGACUGAGUGUGAUAUAUGCUAAAAUCGUUGUUGGUCUUUGCUUUGUCCCUUUUCCCCCGAAACGAAUCUCCUCCCCAUGACUAUGAGCAAUGGUCCGAUGGUGCUCGUAGCUGUUGUAAAUGUGUAAUGAAUAGAUAGGUGUGAGUGACGUAUGGAUGUGUUAUGACCGACACCGACGAGCGUUGGACAUCAAAUCGAUUGCAUUAGAGUUGGACGGUAAAUCAAGACUGAUCACAAGAAUACUUCCAUUUUGGGACGGCUGACACGAUGGGAUUGUUUCUAUGGCUUGGUUUAGGGAUUGUUUGCGAAAGCUGAUGGCAGUGGUUUUAGGCAGAGAAACGUUCGAAGAUCGCUUGCAGCCGGCAAUAAAUCAUAUCAAAGCAGAUUUAUGUAACCAGUGAUCAAAAAGUAGUUUGCAGCACAGUCCCAUGCUUGAACUUGAAUAUUAUAAGUGAAUAUCCUCGGCGGAACAAACCUACAUGAUAAAUAUAUACUUUGCUGGAAAAUAUCGUAGACAAAUAGAUUCUAAUCGCUUGUUAACAACCACUAUUGCCGAAACAAUCAAUAACCGUUGAAUGGAUGUAAUGUUCGCAAUUCCUACUUUUGUACGACAAACACGCGAACGUAGAAGAACCCAAAAUUGUCGAUAUUUCGGUUUCCCGUCAAAGCAAAACUGUAAAUUAUAAAUAUUGUUAAGUGAAAUAUAGUUAAAGAAAAUCGUCGAAAAUGUUUGUUAAAACACGAAGCUUGUGAAAAUAUCUUCUUUUUCAUUUUUAUUUUGCCAAAAUUGAACUUAUAAUACUAUUCGGAAAAGCGUUAAAACCGAAUCUUCUACGGAAAUGCUACGUUGUAACUGAAUAAAGGAGAAACUCUACUAAAUUGUAGUUAGAAACUAAGAAACGGUUGAAUGUCUGGCUGCUUGUUAAAAAUUCCACGAAAACCCCUAAUUUAUUUGGGAAACCAGUGUAAAUGUACGAUACCCGUCCGUAAGUUAAAGUGGAAAUAAGUCAGUGUACUGUUGCAAAAAAAUACUUUAAAAACAAUAAAUAAACGGCUUCUGAUGCAUUGUAAAUAUAGUUCUAAAUGCAAAAUAAGUAGUCCUGGAUAAGACUCCCCGGCAAGCGCCUAUUUAAGUUCUAGGUACCGAUCUAAGUUGUAUCAUAGACGGAAUAAUAAAACCCAAUCUAUCUAAAUUCAAA